AUGUCCGCUCAACUACUCCAGCCCCCGAGGCCCCGCGUCAUUCGCCGGAUCAGCCAUGAGGAUGCCACGAGGAAAGACCUCUCUGAGAGGCAAGGUCCCACCGUGGUUGUGCCUCCUGCGCAUCUCAUGGCUUCGUCUUCAGCACAUGAGGUUGCCGCUGCUAUGGACCAAGCCAGGCAGGGAAUCGACCGCUCUUCUACCUCGACUCCAGAGACUCCUCCCGAGACCAUCGUCACCGACAAGUUCGCAUAUGCGUUCGAUAUCGAUGGUGUUCUCAUUCGCGGCGGCAAGGUCAUCCCCGAAGCCAUCGAGGCCAUGAAGAUGCUAAACGGCGAGAACGAGUACGGUAUCAAGGUUCCUUACAUUUUCGUCACCAACGGCGGCGGCAAGACGGAAGAAGAGCGAUGCAUUCAGCUCAGCCAGCAGCUCGAGAUCGAGGUUUCGCCCGGCCAGUUCAUCUGCGGCCAUACUCCCAUGAGAGAAAUGGCUUCCAAGUACGGAACUGUUCUCGUCGUGGGCGGCGAGGGCGAGAAGUGCCGCAUUGUCGCCGAAGGCUACGGUUUCAAGGAUGUUGUCACCCCUGGCGAUAUCAUCAAGACCAAGGAAGACACUACCCCAUUCAGGAAGCUGACCGAGGAAGAGUGGAACAACUCCCGCGUCCGUGACUUUGACAACUUGAACAUCGACGCCAUCUUCGUCUUUGCCGACAGCCGUGACUGGGCCUCGGACCAGCAAAUCAUCCUCGACCUGCUCAUGUCCAAGAAGGGUCGUCUUGGCACGCGCUCGGAAACCUUCGACGAGGGCCCGCCCGUCUACUUCUCCCACAACGAUGUCGUCUGGAGCACCUCGCACGACCUCAACCGCAUCGGCAUGGGCGCUCUCCGUGUUUCGCUGGAAGCCAUGUUCAAGGCGGUGACUGGCAAGGAGGUCAACACACACGCCUUCGGCAAGCCCCAGGUCGGCACGUUCCAGUUCGCCACUCGCCUCCUCCAGCAGUGGCGCAAGGACACGCACGGCAUCGACUCGCCUCCCGACACGGUCUACUUUGUCGGCGACACUCCCGAGUCGGAUGUGCGUGGCACCAACGAAUUCAACAAGCACGCCGAGAACACGUGGUACUCGAUCCUCGUGCGCACUGGAGUGUACCAAGACGGCACCACGCCUCGCUACACGCCCAAGGCCAUCACGGACGACGUGCUCGAGGCUGUCAAGCACGGCAUGGACCGUGAGUACAAGCGCAUGCUGAAGGCGACGCUGGAGCAGGCUGGACCUGUCAGCGAGUAG